AAUCGAAUAUUUUUUCACUAUUGUGCAGUUUCAGUUCUAUAGUUAUCAUCGAGUAGAAUAUGAGUACAGUCAGACCAACUCUAUCUAAAGUCGACAACUUAGCUAGAUUGUUAAGUAGGAGUGGAUAUGAAAAAUGCUUACAAAAGGUUAACGUCACACAUCUGGAAAACGGAAGUUGCCUGGCAGAACUGAGAAUAGGUCCGGAACAUGUGAAUCCUAUGGGAACAUUGCAUGGUGGUUUAUCUGCUACCUUGGUUGACAGUAUCUCUUCUUGGGCAUUGCAUUCACACCGGAAUGGUCCCAAUAUCAGCGUUUCUGUUGAAAUGAAUAUGACAUACGUCAAAGGCGCCAAAGAGGGAGAAGAAAUACAAAUUGAUGCUAAGACAUUGAAAGUGGGAAAAACGCUUGCGUUUUUGGAGGUGUUUAUCAAAAACAAAUCUUCUGGUGAGCUACUAGUUAGAGGCUCACAUACAAAAUAUUUGUUGAGAGACUGAUUACUAAAAAAGUCAGUUUCAGUACAUGGGAUUCUUGGUUAUUCUUGGAGUUUCUCAAUACAAAUGAGUCAUCAGGUGUAUGUUUUAUAGCUGUAAUGACAUGAUAAUUUCACUGGCAUUACCACUAAAUGAUACAUUGGUCAAAAAACUGUAUUACUUUCAUUUUCAUCAAUGUUAUCAAUGACGUUUCUCUCUCAAUAGUCGAAUAUUUUUUAGGUUUUUGUAUGUGUUGUGUUAUGAAUGUUCAUUGAAAUCAAUUCAACAAAUGCCUGUUAUAAACAAUUCACUACAAACCAGGCAAUAUAUAUUUCUUUGACUUCGGUAUAGUUGUUCAUUGCUAUUUUACCUAAUUUUUUCAAUCUGUUUAUAUAUGUAUUAACAUUAGACUUUGUUAUAUUCCAAUAAAAUCAAUAUACAGAG